GCUGACUCGCCAGCAGAUGUCGCUGCGGCGGCGCUCACAUCACAAGUCUAUCCAGCGUGGAGACGCGGGCAGAGAGAAAACAAGGGAGUCAGUCGACAAGUCAGUCUGGGAGACACUGACAGCCAGCGACAUCGACAUCACAAGGCUCCUCCUGCCGUCGCAGCAGUAGCGGUGGCGGCCAGACUGAUACGUACCUUUUAAUCGCAAGAGACCCAGCAGCGGCGCCGAAGCCAAGGAUCUGCAGACAGUUGCUUGCAGACAGCCGUCUGCAAGAAGACCAGAGCCGCGGCCGAAGGAGGCGGGCGGGCAGGCAGGCAGGCAAGCGGGAGACGGCGGCUACAUAACGGAAACGAAUCUCGGAGCUGCGCUCGAACCGACAUGGCCAUGUCGCUGAACCAAGCCUGCCGCAGCCUGGCGCUCUCAACAUGGCUGCUUUCCUUUUGUUUCGUGCAGUUCCUCUGCUUGGACUUCACGGUUGCCGAGAAGGAAGAAUGGUACACGGCCUUUGUAAAUAUCACCUACAUGGACCCCAACACAUCCGAAGUGAGGAGCGAAAGGACGGAGUGUGGCCGCUACGGGGAGCACUCUCUCAAGCAGGACGCCCGGGGGGUUGUGGCCAUGCCCGCGUCUCCCCACGACAGGUUGGCUUGCGACCCCAACACUAAAUUUAGCGUCCCGGCCAGUGCCAGGAGCUGGAUCGCGCUCAUCCCCAAAGGAAACUGCACUUACAGGGACAAGAUCCGACACGCCGCCGCGCACAACGCCUCUGCCGUGGUCAUCUUCAACGUGGGCUCCGGCGUGGCCAACGAGACCAUCACGAUGCCCCACGCAGGUGCUGGAGAUAUUGUGGCAAUCAUGAUUCCUGAGCCCAAAGGGAAAGAGAUUGUAAUGUUACUGGAAAGGAAUGUCACCGUGAUGAUGCACAUCACCAUAGGGACGCGCAACCUUCAAAAAUACGUCAGCCGCACGUCGGUGGUCUUUGUUUCCAUCUCUUUUAUUGUGCUGAUGAUCAUCUCUCUCGCCUGGCUAGUCUUCUACUACAUUCAGAGAUUCAGAUAUGCAAAUGCAAGAGACCGGAAUCAGAGACGUCUUGGAGACGCAGCAAAAAAAGCCAUCAGCAAACUUCAAGUCCGUACAAUAAGGAAGGGAGACAAGGAAACAGAGCCAGAAUUUGAUAACUGUGCAGUGUGCAUUGAAGGCUACAAACCAAACGAUGUUGUGCGAAUUCUGCCAUGUCGGCAUCUUUUCCACAAGAACUGUGUAGAUCCUUGGCUCCAAGACCACCGCACAUGCCCGAUGUGCAAGAUGAACAUUCUGAAAGCAUUAGGAAUCCCGCCAAAUGCUGACUGCACAGAUGACAUCCCCCAAGACUAUGAAGGUUCCAUAGGGGGGCCCUCCACCAAUCAGAUAACAGGCUCGAGCGACUUAACGGUCAAUGAGAGUUCUGUGAUCCUCGAUCCUGCAAUCAGGACAAUUGGGCUUCCUCAGGUCUUCCAGGACGGUGACACGAGCCCUCAGUUGGGUGAAGUCAAUAACAUCACAAAUAAUGACAAUGAUCCAGCAGUGAGCAGCGAUUCGGACACCUCAUUGAUUCUGGCCGUGGAGGUUGGACUUUCUGACAUAGAGCUCUCCACUGAUCAGGACUGUGAAGAGGUGAAAUCCUGAAAUGAUCCCAAAACAGUUUACUUGGCAAUUUUGUUUCGUUUUUUUUUUUGUUUUUUUUCUUGUUUUUAAACAAUAGAUUACUAAAGCGGAACACCACAGAAUAUAAGGGAGCUGCAUUUGGAGAGAGGACGGCCUUGCAAAGCAAUACCAUCUUGGGAGUCUUUGGUCGCAGGCCUUCAUCAUCUGGAGACUUUUGGAUUGUUCUCGUGAACAUCACGCCUUCCUUCCAUCCCAGCUUGUCUCUGUUCAAUCCCGGCUGGCAAAUGUGAACUGAACGGACGAUGGCUUGCGUGUGUUUUUGUUCUGCUCCUCUCUGCGGUCUGAAGCGACACCGUGACCCUCCAGUACAUCCAGCUCUUAAGUGUUCUGUGAGACAAGUGCAAUAUAAACUUUUCUUUCACUCAUCCCAGUCAUCACUGCCAAACCAUUCCGGCGAAUGAAGCUUAACGAGAGGAUGUGUGUGAGUGCGUGCGGGUGCACGUGUUGUUGUUUUUUUUUUUUUUUGUCGUCUCAUAAUGUAUUUUGUUUUUUGGCAAUCACUAGGGCUGCAACUGCUUUGUGCGUUGUGUCAAAAAAAAAAAAAGAACUCGUAUGGACAGACAGACGGCUUCACGCUGGACUUUUGGGCUGUCAUCUUGAAGAACAUUUUCGCCAAGAGUUCCUCAGUGUUGGUUUGCCAAAGUGACAGCACUGGCAUGUAUGUAUACUCACCGAGAGUCAUUUAAUGGGUGGGUUUUUUGAGGUGCUGUGCUCAUUUUUAUGGGUGGUGCUUUAGUGGCAUGCAGGGCUCAUUUAAUUUGUCUCCUACUUGGCAAAACAUCAUGGAAUCUGGGGGUGUUUGAUUAGAGAUGCGUCAAACGUGAUGCCUCAGUAAUUGACCAGACGCACCUUAUUAUCAAACAUUUUUUUGACCUGAACAAAAUCUAAACUACGUUAAGGUGGAAUCAAUCAGAAAUUGUAAUUAUCCCAUUGGACGCUGUUAGCCAAUACACCCCUUUAUGAGGACCUUGAACCCACAGCAGUAGACAGUCGUGUUUUAGAGCCCAGCACCACUCUGUUACUGAGCCGUCCACUGGAUGUAUCUGAUAAUCCCUCGAAUGGGAGGCGGAGUCUAUCUCCGUGACAACGGGAAGAAGUCAGGAAGCCACCUUUAAGGGGAGGCAAUGGUUAACACACACUUGGGGUCCGUUUACAGUGUGUCUCUUUGGACAGUGAGAGGAAGCCGGAAAGAGGAGAUAAUGUGAGGCGUGAGGGCACGGUGCGUAUUUAAUCAUACGGAUGACCCCACCACAGCUAUCGAGCUCUUCAUCAUAAGCCUUAAAAGUUGAAGUUCGCUGUGAAGUCAACCAAGCAGACGUUCUAGAUAAUUCGGAAGCACCUCUUGGAAAGGGCUGUCCAUCCAUGGGAGGGCAGAAUCAAGGUGCCAAACAUUAGUGGAGGUCUAGAGACUCCUUAUUAGCCCUUUGGACUUAAAGAAAGCCUGAACUUUAUAAUUGGUAUGGUUGGAAAAUAAGUUCUAACAUCAUGUUAUGGUGGUGCAACACGGCUCCUUACCAGGCUGGCAAGAAAAUAUU